GAAUUUUGAAUUUGAUAUAUCAAUGCUUGCAUUAUAUUUUUCUGUGGUGAAUGGUGAUGAGAACAAAAGUUUAACUAAUAAAUAAGAUUUGAAAAUUGCUGCCAUGAGCGCCAAAAAUGUGAAUCCCAGCGAUGAUAAAGUUUUCUGCCCGGUUUGUAAAAGAGAAUACGAUAAAGAAAUAAUAGAAAAACAUGUAAACAAAUGCUUAUUCUUAAAUGUUGAUGUAUCUAAAAGAAAUGGAUCACAUUUUGAUGAAAACUGUUCUCAACAAAAGAGGAUUAAAAUUGAUGUUAGUCCAGUUAGAAGUACAUUAGAAAAUACCUGUACCGGACCCUAUAAGAACAUGUCAAAGGUACUUUUGAAGGAGUCGCCUAAGUCAUCAGCAACAUAUGAGCUCAGUAAUAAGCCCAGUAAACAAUCAAGUUCAGCUCUGAUCAAUGAUAGUAAAAAUAUUCCAUUGGCUGAGUCAAUGCGACCUAUGCUGCUAGAAGAUAUUGUUGGACAAGUUGAGUCUUUUGGUGCUGAUUCAAUGUUAUAUUCUAUGCUUUCAAAGAAAAAAAUACCAAAUAUGAUACUUUGGGGUCCUCCAGGUUGUGGAAAGACAUCUGUGGCCAACAUUAUUGCCAAUAUUUGUAAGGAACAAAAUAAUAUGAGGUUUGUCAAGCUAUCUGCAACAAUGUGUGGCAUCAAUGAUGUUAAAGAAGUGGUCAAGGUAGCUAAGAAUGAAAUUAAGUUCAAAAGGCAAACUGUACUUUUCAUGGAUGAGAUACAUAGAUUUAACAAAUUGCAACAAGAUACUUUUCUACCACAUGUUGAGAACGGCACGAUAACACUAGUGGGUGCCACCACAGAGAAUCCUUCAUUCAGUUUGAACAAUGCUCUGUUGAGUCGCUGCAGGGUUGUGGUGCUGAGCAAACUAACAGUCCAUGAUGUGUUACUGAUAUUAGAGAGAGCCGUUGUCAGGAAAGAACUGGCUGUGGUAGUUGAUAGCAUUAGUGAUAAGCUUGUUUGUGGAGAUCAAAAAAAGUGUGUAAUAGAGCGUCAGUCGCUGCAGUGGGUCGCGGAAGUGUGUGACGGGGACGCGCGCGUCGCUCUCGGCGCGCUCGAGCUGGCUUUGAGCGCGGCGCCGGAACACAGUCAACAUGUCAUCGGAUUAGAGGACUUGAAGAGGGGCAUCAAGCGAUCGCACAUGCUGUACGACAGACAAGGCGAGGAGCACUACAAUAUUGUGUCUGCAAUCCACAAGUCGAUCCGAGCCAGCGACGACAACGCGGCGUUAUACUGGACGACGCGCGCCUUGCACGGCGGCGAAGACCCUUUGUUCGUUGCCAGGAGACUCGUCAGGGCUGCUGCUGAGGAUAUCGGGCUGGCCGAUCCGAACGCGUUAGUGGAAGCAGUAGCGUGCCUGCAGGGUUGUCAACAAAUAGGCAUGCCGGAGUGCGACGUGCUGCUGGCGCAGUGCGCGGUGAGGCUCGCCCGCGCCGACAAGAGCACUGAGGUGUACCGCGCCAUGAAGAGCGUGCAAAGAUCGCUGACUGAGGCAAAAGGACCACUGCCAUCAGUACCGCUUCAUUUGCGAAAUGCACCCACUAGACUUAUGAAGGAUUUGGGGUACGGCAAAGGCUACAAUAUGAAGCAUCGGGACGAGUCCGGUCUCACUUACAUGCCGGAGGGAUUAGAACAUGUUAAUUUUUUUGAUAAAGAGAAUGGCGGUUAAUGUACUCGUAGUUAGUGUAGACUUAAGUUUUAAAUUUUUUUAUUUUAUCUUUACGCCCGCCUUUAUGAAUGUGAUAGUUAAUUUUAAGUGUAAGUAAAAUUGUAUAGAUGAUGGUGAUGCCAAACAUCAUGAUCGUAACUUCAGAGCGAUCAAGAAGUUUGGCGUUACUUAUUAAUAAAACUGUUAUUUUUGGCUGAACGCACAUUUUGUCUUUCGCCCGAGCAUCUAGCAGCCUAAAAACAUAAAGCCAAUUAACCAAUCGCGUCCAGCCUAAAAAAUCAUUUACAUUUUAAUAAUAGGUAAGUAAGUACUACUUUAAAAAAAUAAAAAUGCAAAAAAUCUAGUGUCUUGUUUUUUAUUUGGAUAAUCUCAUUUCACAAUUCAUAUGACAUGGUAAAAAUUUACUAUUUACAAGACUCACACAUCACUGUAAUAUUACAAAUUUCACCUAUAUUGUACCUUCUCUUCUUUACGCUGUCGAUUUUACAUCCAAGAUUUUCGGUCCUAUGGUUAUAAAAAAUAAAAUAACUUCGUAUCUUAAUUUACAACAUUUGCUACUGCACAUUGUGCACAAAAAUACAUUUUAAAUUUACACUAUGCCAGUUGUAGGUGGUACAACUCUAUUGCUUCACUCAAACGAUAGCGCGAGGACAGUAGCUCUCCUCGCUAA